AUGUCAACGACGUCAUCGACCACAACCUGCCCGGCGUGUCACGAGAAACGUGUGAAGAGCCGUUUCAGUUGGCGUGCGAUCCUAUGGGCCAUCUUCUGUUUUCCGUGCGGUUUCUAUUGUUGUUUGCGCCGCAAAACCUACUACUGUACACACUGUCAGUGUGAUGUUGUAAAACGCACGGAAACUCGCCAAAUCAUGCCACGUGGCAGUAUGAAUCAUGGCUACAAUUAUCGCCUCUACGAAGCCACAAAAACCGGUCUACCGCCAGAUUUCGCCGCCGCCUACCGUAACCCAGCGCUGUCUACAGUAUCCAGCACCGGCUCUGAGCAAUCAACGACACUUUCGACGGCUCCAAUUAUUCCAUAA